CACGAUCGAGCCAUUCAGCAGUUUGAGGACAUUUCCAACAAAUAGAGGUGUGCACGCUUGCAUUUUUGUCUUUCGACACGAAGAAGAUGGGGAGCUCCAGGGCUCUCCUCCUGGUCGCGGUCGCCGCGGCGGUGGCUGGCCUCGCCGCGGCCAACUUCCGGGACGACUGCGACAUCCCCUGGGAGCCCCAGAACGCCAGGUUCACUGGCGACGGCAACGGCCUCUCCAUGUCGCUGGUCAGCAACUACUCAGGCUGCAUGCUCCGGACAAAGAAGCAGUUCAUCUACGGGACCGUGUCAACCCUCAUCCAGCUCGUCCCUGGCGACUCGGCCGGCACUGUCACCACAUACUACGCAUCCUCCGUCGGCGAGAACCACGAUGAGAUCGACUUCGAGUUCCUGGGCAACGAGACCGGGCAGCCCUACACCUUCCACACCAACAUCUACGCCGACGGCGUUGGCAACAAGGAGAUGCAGUUCAAGCCCUGGUUCGACCCCACCACCGGCUACCACAACUACACCAUCUCAUGGAGCCCUUGCAUGAUCGUGUGGUACGUCGACAGCGUCCCCAUCCGGGUGUUCCGCAACUACCAGAGCCGCGGCGUGGCGUUCCCGACGAGCCGGCCGAUGUUCGCCUACUCCAGCAUCUGGGCGGCCGAGGACUGGGCCACGCAGGGCGGCCGCGUCAAGACCGACUGGUCCAAGGCGCCCUUCGUCGCCAACUACGACAACAUCCACCUCGACAUCUGCGAGUGCGGCGCCGGCGGGUACGGCGGAGCCUGCGCCACCAGCUGCCCGGCGGCGGCCGCGCAGUACAACGGAGCGUGCCAUCUGAGCCCCGCGGAGCUGGGGCAGAUGCAGUGGGUGCAGGGUAACUACAGGAUCUACGACUACUGCGUCGACUACAAGCGCUGGAUCAACGGCCAGAAGCCGGUCGAAUGCGACCUGGAACAGUACUGAUGAGACCAGCUCGUCAUGGGCAUCACACAUAUGCACACACGUCGUCUACGGUUGUGACACGAGGAACGGUCACCAAAAAAUGACUUAAUUUGAUUAUUCUUUUUUUGUUCACCUCUGUCUGUAUAAUUUUUCUUUUCCAAAAAACAUAUGUAUACUUGUUAUAUUGGCAUGCUCCGUCAAAUAUAUGAAUUAUUGGUAUUUGAUUUCUUCU